CGCGGCGCGGAGCCUGCCGCGGGCGUCGGGCUCAGCUCGGGCUCCGCAGCGCCCGCCAUGGAGCCUUCGCCCAAGGAGCCCGAGGCGGCGGCGGCGGCGGCGGAGGCCCGGGCGGCGCCGGCGUCCAGCGGGGUGGUGGUGCAGGUCCGCGAGAAGAAGGGCCCGCUGCGCGCCGCCAUCCCCUGCCUGCCCUUCCCGCUGGCCGUGCUCUGCCUCUUCCUCAACACCUUCGUGCCGGGGCUCGGCACGUUCGUGUCGGCGUUCGCGGUGCUGUGCGGGGCCCGCACCGAGCUGCCCGACCGGCACGUGUGCUGCGUGUUCUGGCUGAACGUGGCGGCCGCCCUCAUCCAGGUCCUCACCGCCGUCGUCAUGGUCGGCUGGAUCAUGAGCAUCUUCUGGGGCAUGGACAUGGUCAUCCUGGCCAUUUCCCAAGGGUACAAGGAGCAGGGCGUCCCGCAGCAGCUGUGAGCGGGGGACGGCGGAAGGAGGGAGGCCGCGCGCGCCCCUCGCUCCGCCCUGGGGAGGAAGGAGGAGGACACUGAAAAGACGAUUUAUUUUGAAGACGCCCCUGCUCUUCCCCGCGGGCCUCGGGGCGGUGGGACUGGC